AUGCAUAUCUAUCUUUCCAUCUAUCUAUUUAUCUAUCUGAAUAUGUUCGUAUCUAUCAAAAUCACUUCAUAUCUAAUUAAGAAGCUAUCUAGAUAUUCUAUACCCCACAACACUAUCUAUCUAUCUAUCUAUCUAUCUAUUGCAAUAUUUUCAUAUCUAUCUAUAAUCCCUUCAUAUUCAUUUAACAACCUGGCACCAUUCAUAUCUAUCUAUCUAUCUAUCUAUCUAUCUAUCUAUCUAUCUAUCUAUCUAUCUGUUGUAAUAUUUUCAUAUCUAUCUAAUACAAUCAUUUCAUAUCUAAUUAACAAACUAGUACCUUGUAUAUCUAUCUAUCUAUCUAUCUAUCUAUCUAUCUAUCUAUCUAUCUCUGUGUACCAAUAUCAAUAUCUAUGUACCAAUGUCAAUAUCUAUCUAUCUAUCUAUCUAUCUAUCUAUCUAUCUAUCUAUCUAUUUCUGUGUAUCAAUAUCAAUAUCUAUGUACCAAUGUCAAUAUCUAUCUAUCUAUCUAUCUAUCUAUCUAUCUAUCUAUCUGUUUACCAUGCAUAUCUAUCUAUCUAUCUAUCUAUCUGUUUGAAAAUGCCAUCCAAAAAUCAUGAAUAUAAGUUUUUCCUUCAUUUAAAAUUAAGCCUAUAA